AUGGAUGAGAUCCUGAAUGGAAUGAACACCAUUCAUUUGGAUGACAUCCUUGUUACAGGAAAGCAUCAAGAGGAUCAUCUUCAAAAUUUGAAUGCUGUCUUGCAAAGUUUUGAAGACCAUGGGCUGGGAGUAUGUCAAGACAAAUGUAGUGGAAUAUUUUUAAUACACAAUGAAGACCAUAAGCUCUGUGUAAAAGCUCAAAACUCUAACUCAAUCAUAAUUGCCACUUGCAACCAGGACGAUGAGUCACAAAAAUUCAAGUGGGUCUCUGGCCACCAGAUUCUGAGUAUGGCAUUCAAGUUAUGCUUGGGAGUGCCUUCAAUGAAAGACCAGGCUGCAAUCACUCUGUAUCCUUGUAACAAGACAAGCGAACUCCAGCAGUGGGAAUGCAGAAAUGAAACCCUUCUCGCAAUCCAAGGGGAAGAUGUAUUUUUCAGCUCUGCCCAUGGAGAGGAAAGGAAAGCCAUGCUGUCCAAAGGAUCAGGCUCAUGGAAUAGAUGGAAGAUCUAUGGAACUACAGAAAGUUUGUGUUCUCAGGGCUAUGAAGAUAUGUUUACACUACUAGGAAAUGCCUUUGGGGCACCCUGUGUAUUCCCUUUCAAGUUCAAUAGUACUUGGUACACUGAAUGUACAAACGAUAGAAAGGCUGAUAACGAACAGGGCUUCCCCUGGUGUGCAACAUCUACAGACUUUGAUGAAGACUCUCUGUUUGGAUAUUGUCCAUUGAAAGACAACAUUGACAAAGACUUUUGGACUACAAACCCUUUAACAGGCACCCACUACCAGAUAAACUCCAACUCGGCCCUAACAUGGCACCAAGCACGGAAAAGCUGCCAGCAACAGAAGGCGGAAUUAUUAAGUAUUACAGAGCUACAUGAGCAAACUUAUCUGACAGGGCUAACUGGCAGAGUGAAUUCUGAACUCUGGAUUGGACUUAACAGGUUGAAUUCCAAUGGUGGAUGGCAAUGGAUUGGUGGCAGUCCAUUCAGAUAUUUAAACUGGGCUCCAGGAAGUCCCUCUCUUGAGUCUGAAAAAAUCUGUGGAAUGCUACAGUCUCGGAAUGGUAAAUGGGAAAACCAGCAGUGUGAUCAGAAACUUGGAUACAUCUGUAAAAAAGGAAAUUCCUCUUUGGAUUCCUUUAUUAUUCCCUCAGGUGACUUUAAGCCUAUUAAAUGCCCCAGUGGAUGGAUCCCCUAUUCAGGCCACUGUUAUAUGAUUUACAGAGCACCCAAAAUAUGGAAAGAUGCUUUAUCUUCCUGUAGAAAAGAAGGUGGAGAUCUGGCGAGUAUCCACAAUAUUGAAGAAUACAGCUUUACAGUGUCUCAGCUUGGGUACAAGCCUACAGAUGAAUUGUGGAUUGGUUUGAAUGACCUCAAGAUUCAGAUGUAUUUUGAAUGGAGUGAUGGGACUCCUGUGACAUACACCAAGUGGCUACAUGAAGAACCAUCCCAUGCGAACAACAGGAAAGAAGAUUGUGUCAUUAUGAAGGGAGAGGAUGGCUAUUGGGCAGAUGAUGUUUGUGAAAAGAAACUUGGUUACAUCUGUAAAAUGAAACCUUUGGCAGAAGAAUCUGAGGAAGUUGAGAUCAUUGUCCCAGGCUGCCAGAAAGGCUGGAUAAGACAUGGUUUUUACUGUUACUCAGUUGGACAGACAUCUGCGACAUUCUCAGAAGCAAAGAAAAUCUGUGAAGGAAACAAAGGUUACCUAGUCACUGUGAAAGACAGAUAUGAACAAGCCUUUCUGACUGUCCUGAUUGGGUUCAAUCCCAUGAAAUAUUUCUGGAUCGCUCUUUCAGAUGUUGGGGAACAAGGGACUUUCAAGUGGACUGAUGGUGAAGCAGUUCUGUUUACUCACUGGAAUUCAGGAAUGCCUGGAAGGGAGCCAGGCUGUGUUGCCAUGAGAACUGGAACUACAGCUGGAUUAUGGGAUGUUGUGAACUGUGAAGAGAAAUCAAUGUUUCUCUGCAAACAAUUGGUUGAGGGAGUGACCCCUCCUCCUGUUCCAACAACAACUCCUGCCCCCUCAUGCCCAGAUGGAUGGCAUGCAAGUGCCCACAGUAGCUCAUGCUUCAAACAUUUUCAGAAUGGACGAAAACAUAUGAAAACAUGGAUUGAGGCUCGAGAUUUUUGUAGAGCUAUAGGAGGAGAUCUGGCCACUAUCCAUAGUGAAGAAGAGCAAAAUAUAAUAAAUGGCUUGAAAAGAGCUCAUGUCCAUAAAUCAUAUUGGAUGGGUCUGAGUGCCUUUGAUCCUGACGGAGGGUUUACUUGGAGUGAUGGCUCUCCAGUAAACUAUGAAAACUGGGCAGACGGAGAACCCAAUAAUUAUGACGGAAAUGAAAAAUGUGGAAUGUUCAGUGGAUACACUGCCAUGCAGUGGAACGAUAUGUUCUGUGAAACUUUGGGUGACUGGAUUUGCCAAAUAAAAAAAGGAGCAACAUUAAAACCUGAACCAAGUACCACAUUUGAAUAUACAUAUAAAGUCAGUGAAGAUGGAUGGAUUAUAUAUGAGGACAAGGCAUACUAUUUCAGCCAUGAAACUUUGCCUAUGGAAAAAGCCCAAGAGUACUGCAAGAAGAAUUCUGGAGAUCUUGUUGUCAUCGAGGGUGAAAGUGAAAGAAAGUUUCUGUGGAGAUAUAGCUUCUAUUAUGACUUUGGGGAUUGCCUUUAUAUUGGUUUAACUGUGAGCCUUGAUAAAAAGUUUAGCUGGACGGAUGGAACCCCAAUAAACUAUGUAGCGUGGGCUCCAAAUGAACCAAACUUUGCAAAUAAUGAUGAAAACUGUGUGGUCAUGUAUACCCGUACAGGUAUGUGGAAUGAUCUGAACUGUGGCGCUCCAAAACGCUUCAUCUGUGAAAGGCUCAAUAGUACUACUCAUUCAACCGUUGCUCCCACAUCACCUGCACCUCUAGGGGGAUGCCCUCAAAACUGGCUUUUGUUUAAUAACAAGUGUUUCAAAAUAUUCGGCUUCAGUGAAAAAGAGAGAUUGACGUGGCAUGCUGCACGAACGGCUUGUGUAAAUUUGGAAGGAAACCUGGCUUCCAUACUAAGCGAAGAAGUGCAAGCCUUCCUCAUCACCCACUUCAAGGAUGCCUCAACUGAUACCUGGAUUGGACUGAAUGAUGUAAAUUCUGAGUACACAUUCCUGUGGACAGAUGGAAGAGGUGUCUACUAUACAAACUGGGCCAAAGGUUUCCCACAUUAUCGCAGUCAGGAUGAUUGUGUUGUUAUGAUAAAGGACCCCAUUGAGGAAGCAGGGAAAUGGAAAGAUGCAGACUGCCAAACGAACAAAAGCUACAUAUGCCAGAGGAACACUGACCCUAAAUUAUAUAAUCCCCAAACAACAGUUCCAGUCUCAGGCUUUACCCUUUAUGGUAACAGUGGCUAUUCACUCAUCAGUUCCAGAAUGAACUGGGAAGAAGCACAAAAAAACUGCAAGGCUGAAUACUCAGAACUUGCCAGUAUUUUAGAUCCGUACAGCCAGUCAUUCCUGUGGCUACAAGUGUUAAAGAUCGGGCAGCCUGUAUGGAUAGGUCUUAACAGCAAUGUGACUAGUGGCCUUUACAAAUGGACUGAUAACUGGAGAAUCAAGUACUCUAAGUGGGCCAGUGAGGAGCCAAAACGGAGCUUGGCCUGUGUUUACUUAGAUGUUGAUGGGACCUGGAAGACAGGGUCUUGUGAUGAAAAUUACUUCUCUGUCUGUAAAAGGUCUGAUGUUGUAGCCCCUACUGAACCUCCACAACUCCCUGGAAAAUGUCCUGCAUCUGACAUACGCAGAUCUUGGAUUCCCUUCCAUGGUCACUGUUACUACAUUGAGGCCUCGGAGAUGGAAAGCUGGCCCCAGGCUUCCAUGGAAUGUGUUCGCUUAGGAGCCUCUUUGGUUUCCAUAGAAAAUAGGGUUGAAAUGAAUUUUCUCUUGCACCACUUGGAUGUAUUUGCAAGUGACUCAAGACAGUUUUGGAUAGGAAUGUACAAGAAUGUGGAUGGAGAAUGGACAUGGGGAGACAACAGUGCAGUAGAGUUUGUAAACUGGAAAGAAAGAGAACCUACGGAUGGUUAUCAUGAACAUUGUGUUGACAUGGAUGCCUCAGAUGGGGGCUGGAGAAGCUAUUUCUGCUCUGCUGACAAAAGAUUUAUUUGUAAAAUACCAAAGAUUACUGAAGUUGAACCAACUGAGAAGCCAUCAGACAAUAAAGUACCGAAAACAGAUGAAGCUGUUCCUGCACACCACUUAAGUGGGAUGGUAGUUAUUCUUGUCCUUCUCAUUCUAGUCGGAGCUGGUCUUGCAACCUAUUUUUUCUACAAAAAAAGACACAACCAGCUACCAACAGAUGUCCACUUUGACAACACUCUUUAUUGCAAUAAAGAUGCUGUUCCUGCAACUAGUGACACAAAGUAUCUUGUGGCCAACAUUGAGCAGAAUGAACAAGCCAUGCUUUGAUUCACAAAAUAAAAAUGAUUUUGAUAAAAAUUAAUGCAUCUGGACUACCUGAACCCUUAAGACAAAGCUGUUUUGUCCGGUUAAAAUUGUAGUGCAUUUUGCAGAGACCGCAUUUGUGUGUUACAUACAUUCCUUCCAUAGUCUUGCAAGAUUCUGGAUCUACUUGUAGAAGAAUAGUUCUGUGAGAGGCUAUUUAAUAAAUGCAGUCACGUAAAAGAACCAAAUAUGACUUCAAGCCAUGUGAAAAACAUUCAAAACUAUUCCACUGUCUCUACAUGUCGCCUGUAUCCUUAUCAAGCAUGAAAAGAGCCAAGCUCAUCAUGCUGAUUGUGAGAAUAAUCAUUACAGACUCUUCAAAGCACUCAGAAAAGCAACUGUCUAGUUCUAUUGGAAUCCUGCACAUCUCACUCCAGAGUUCCAGCACUCCGUGCUGGUGUCAUUGUAUUUCACUUCAGCAUAUAAAAAGAGACUUUUUUUGUUGUAUAACUUCAGUUCAGAUGACCUCACAACAGCUACUCAACAUGUUCUCUUAUAGGGCUUGAUCCACUGAAGUCAAUGGGAUUCUUUCGACUGACUUUCCAGAACACUAGAUCAGGCCCAUGCUUGCUGUUCUUUCAGUUCUGCAUUCUGCUUUUUGUAAUAUGUAAACAAUAAAACGCUUCAUAGGUCUUGAGGUCUUAGCUUCAAGAAAUGUCAUAUAAUCUAAUGUUUAUUCCUUUUGUGAAAUUUCAAUCAUGUUUGAAUUAAAAUGUAUCCCUCUGGAGAUGAAUGGCUGAAAGCAAAGUGUACAUUGCUUUACCUUUUGCUGUAGUUUUGUAAAAUAAGCAUUAAAAGAUAGUUUGUAAAGGUUUUGCAUUUUUAUUAUGCCUUGUAAAUAGGAACAUUUUUUAUGUAGUUCACAUUUUUAAAAAGGAUAUAGACAUUUAUCAGGUUGGCUGGCAGACAUAGCACCUUAUGUUGUGUUUUUUAAAACAUGCGUUUAGUGCUGUAAGUUUCCACAACACUUUACAGAACAUAAGUUGGACAUGUUCAGCAUAUAGGCCUUGAUCAUGCCAACACUUGCUCACCUGUUUAACUUUACAUACGUCCCAAUAUUGAAGAUGCUUCUGACUGGAAGCUAGGCAAAUUCAAACUGGAAGUAAGGUGCAUAUUUUAAACAAUGAGUACAUGAGUGUCAAUGGGAAAAAUUAAAAUCUCAUGAAUGCAGUAACACUUACUAAGAACAUGUAUUCUGUGAUGAAGAUUUUCAGAAUACAAGGUAAGUGUGGCAGAAAAAAAAUAUUCAUAUUAUGGUAUCAGAUAUACAUGUGUAAUUGGGAAAGGCAGAAUAAGUUGAGGGGUAGAAAGGGCAGAUGGGAUGGUUCCAUGCUGGGCAAUCACUGUGGUGAAAUUCUGGCUCAGUAGAAAAGGUGCAGGAAUCCCUUUCUGUAUGUGCUGCAUGAUAGGGGUUGUGUAGCCAGGAAAAAAAGGGUAUGAUUUAUGUAAAUGUGGGCUUGAUCUAAAACCACUGUAAACACUCACUGAUUUCAUAAAUAUGGAACCUCAGCUGAGUUAACCACAUUCUAUAUAUGAAGUGUCAUAAACUGCAUCCAUAGGAUGUGUGUCUUUAUCCUUGGUAGAGAAGAAAACACAAUGGAGCUACCCUCAGAGAUGCUGGUGGCAUAGAACAGUGUUUCUCAACCUUUUUGAUACUGGGGACUAGCUUGCUGCCUUCCUAAACUGUGUCAGGAAGAUCUCAGGGCCCGGUGCCAGUCAACAGACUGGUCAUUGAGAAACACUGGCAUAGACCACGUGCCAAGGUGGCCAUUACUAGAGGGCAGUGUGAUGUGUUGGCUGCAAAGAAAGCAAUAUCAAAUGUUCCUCAUCCUUUCCAGUGUCUGGCCUGGAAUUCCACGCUGAGGAUUUGACUAGGCCCAUCAGCUCGCUGCAGGUACUCUAGACUUGCUUGAGAAGUCCAUGAUAGUAUUUGCACAGAAUUAGCCCCUUCUAUGUGCGGAUCUCAAUGCACUUUUACAAACAUUAACUAAGCUUCCCAACACCCCUGUCAUAAAUACAAAGGGAAGGGUAAACACCUUUAAAUCCUUCCUCGCCAGAGGAAAAACCCUUUCACCUGUAAAGGGUUAAGAAGCUAAGACAACCUCGCUGGCACCUGACCAAAAUGACCAAUGAGGAGACAAGAUACUUUCAAAGCUGGAGGGGGGGAAACAAAGGGUUCGCUCUGUCUAUAUGUUGCUUUUGCCAGGACCAGAGCAGGAAUGCAGGUUUGAACUCCUGUAAAAAGUCAGUAAGCAAUCUAGUUAGAUAUGCAUUGGAUUCUGUUUUGGUUAAAUGGCUGAUAAAAAUAAGUUGUGCUGAAUGGAACGUAUAUUCCUGUUUUUAUGUCUUUUUGUAACUUAAGGUUUAGCCUAGAGGGAUUCUCUAUGUUUUGAAUCUGAUUACCCUGUAAGGUAUUUACCAUCCUGAUUUUACAGAGGUGAUUCUUUUACUUUUUCUUCAAUUAAAAUUCUUCUUUUAAGAACCUGAUUGCU